AUGAAUGAUCACAAAGGAAGAGAAGGAGAAAGUGUUGUUGGUCGGAAGCGAAUCAAGGAUAAGAAGCAGCAGCAACAACAACCCACUCCUUCCACUGCAAGGCCAAACAACUCUCACCGUCGCUCUCUCUCCCUCCCUAACACUCAACACGAGGAAUCUGAAACAGAUAUUGAAGGAUCGGAUGUUAGUGUCUCAGAAGGGGAUGACACAUCUUGGAUCUCAUGGUUUUGCAAUUUGAGAGGAAAUGAAUUCUUCUGUGAAGUUGAUGAUGAUUUUGUACAAGAUGAUUUCAAUCUCUGUGGAUUAAGUAGUCAAGUGCCUUACUAUGAUUAUGCACUUGAUUUAAUUUUGGAUGUUGAGACCUCCCACGGAGACAUGUUCACAGAGGAACAACAUGAGUUAAUUGAAUCUGCAGCAGAGAUGCUUUAUGGUCUGAUUCAUGCCCGGUUCAUUUUGACCAGCAAAGGAAUGGCUGCAAUGCUUCACAAGUUCAAAAACUUGGACUUUGGCAGAUGUCCAAGAGUUUACUGCUCUGGACAACCCUGCCUUCCAGUUGGCCAGUCAGAUAUUCCUAGGUCAAGUAAUGUGAAAAUAUAUUGCCCCAAGUGUGAAGACGUUUACUACCCAAAGUCCAAGUAUCAAGACAUUGAUGGAGCUUAUUUUGGAGUUACAUUUCCUCACCUCUUUCUGAUGACUUACGGGAAUCUGAAGCCACAAAAGCCAUCACAGAACUAUGUACCAAGAGUUUUUGGUUUCAAAGUUCACAAGUCCUGA